CCCCCCGUAGCCUGGUAACGGCGGCUCUGCGGGCGGGGGUGGCCCCGGCAGCCGCGGUCAGGUGGCACCGCCGAGACGGAGCCGACCGAGCACGAUAAAAGUCCCGGGCCGCCGCCGUCACGGCCGCGAGGGAGCGCGGAGCCGCCGCCCGGGAGCCAUGCUCAUCGUUGGACACACUCUAUGAGCCAUCCCAGCCCCAGCAGCCCAGAGCACCCGGGUGCCACUCCGUGAUUUACAGCAGGACUUUGUUACCAAGCUGACUUAGCAGUGGCAGCUCUCGCUGUCCUGCCACCACCAGGCCAGACAAUCCCUCCCUUGGCUGAAGGUCCCGUUGGCUCUCUUCCCAUAAUGGAAGCCUGAGUGCCAAGAUCCUCCAUGACCUCCAGAAGCCACAACUCCCUGCCGAGAACUCUGAUGGCUCCGCGAAUGCUCUCCGAAGGCGCCCUGGGGGGCAUCGCCCAGAUCACCCCCUCACUGUACCUGAGCCGGGGCAGCGUCGCCUCCAACCGCCACCUGCUGCUGUCCCGGGGCAUCACCUGCAUCAUCAACGCCACCAUCGAGAUCCCCAACUUCAACUGGCCCCAGUUUGAGUACGUGAAAGUGCCUUUGGCUGACAUGCCCAACGCCCCCAUCUCCCUCUACUUCGACAGCGUGGCCGACAAGAUCCACAGCGUGGCGCGGAAGCACGGGGCCACGCUGGUGCACUGCGCCGCCGGCGUCAGCAGGUCGGCCACGCUCUGCAUCGCCUUCCUCAUGAAGUACCACAAGGUCUCCCUCUUCGAGGCCUACAACUGGGUCAAGUCACGGCGCCCCGUGAUCCGGCCCAACGUGGGCUUCUGGAGGCAGCUGAUAGACUACGAGAGGAAGCUCUUUGGGAAGACCACGGUUAAAAUGGUACAGACACCCUAUGGCAUCAUCCCAGACGUUUACGAGAGAGAGAGGAGACCCCUGAUGCCUUACUGGGGAAUUUAAAGGGACUGCAGACGGGAAGCACAACAGAAGGGACGCGCUGUUCCGAGUCGACCAGACUGGAGACGUUCCCUUCUCCUUCUACAGCCAACUUUGGUUCUUUAGCAUACAGCAGAACCUCAACUCUCACCUCACUAACCUGCAAGGCCAACGAUUCCCUUCGAAGCAUUUUUCUCUAUGGGGAUUUCCCAUCUGCAUCUCUGAUUUAGCAAGACCAGGUCUCAUUAUAAGUUUAUUCCUUCCAUAAAGCCUCCGUCUUUUUUUUCUUUUUUUAGUCAGUUUAUUAGGAUCCUCCAAGGAAGGGCCCAAGAGGCAUUGGGCAGAGUUGAUGACCCAAGUGCGCUUUGUGCCGCGGUAGUAGCCUGGAUAUUUUGUCAUAGCUUGUUUGCUUCCUUGCAAAACCCUGUAGUGGCUCAGGAGCAGCACUAGCGAGGCCCUGCUCCACAGCAGCAGGUUUUCCAAGCACCAGGGAGGCAGGAAUACAGGGGCUGUGGUGCUAGUGCUGAUGUUUUCUUUAACAUCCGUAGUGACUCUCAGUAUAUAGUGUUUGAGAUCUUUAGUCAGCUCUUAAUCAUAUUCAAAGUUAGGGAAAAAAAGGGAAAAAAUAACCGGAAAAAAAAGUGAAUCAGUCCGUGUCAGCCACGAGUAAAAUAAAAAUCAAGCAAUUCAAAUCAAAUAAAUAUGAGA